AUGUAUUCGGUUGAGUGGCAAAAGCGAGGAUUACCUCAUGCACACAUUUUGGCUUGGUUCAUCGACAAAAUCCGUCCUGAAGAAAUCGAUAGUAUCAUUUCUGCGAAAAUUCCAGAUCCAUCCACUGACCAACUGCUGUUUGAUAUUGUUACAACAAACAUGAUUCAUGGUCCAUGUGGUACUCUUAAUAGUUCAUCGCCUUGCAUGGCUGAUGGAAAAUGUACUAAAAAUUUCCCUAAAGAUUUUACCAAUGAUACGGUCACAAAUGUCGACGGAUACCCAAUAUAUCGUCGAAGAAAUCCUAAAAAUGGCGGACAAUCAUUUAUUAAAAAUAUCAUCAACACAGACAUUGAUAUUGACAAUCGUUGGGUGGUGCCAUAUUCGCCUCUGCUGAGCAAGACAUAUAAUGCUCAUAUUAAUGUUGAGUUCUGCAGUUCUGUGAAGAGCAUCAAAUACAUUUGCAAGUAUGUCCAUAAAGGCAGUGAUAUGGCUGUAUUUAGAGUGGAAAAUACUAAUGUGAAUGCUCCUCCAGUGAAUAAAAACGAUGAAAUAACGGCUGUAUUUAGAGUGGAAAAUACUAAUGUGAAUGCUCCUCCAGUGAAUAAAAACGAUGAAAUAACGCUCUACCAAAUUGGUCGGUACAUCAGCUCCAAUGAAGCUGCUUGGCGUAUCUUUGGUUUUCCAAUUCAUGAACGGGAUCCAGCAGUUGUUCAGUUAGCCAUCCAUCUUGAAAACGGUCAGCGUGUAUUUUUCACGAACGAGACAGCGAUUGAUCGUGCAAUAAAUCCACCUAAAACUACACUCACUGCAUUUUUUGAAUUGUGUAAUCGUGCGGAUGAUUUUGGUGCCUUUGCACGUACUUUACUCUAUUCACAAGUACCACGCUAUUUCACAUGGACUCAAACAAAAACAUGGAUGCCCCGCAAGCAAGGCUCACCAGUUGCUGCAUGUCUCAAUUUAUUUAAAUCAAACGCCUUGGGGCGAUUAUUUACAGUCAAUCCAAGACACACGGAGUGCUUUUAUCUUCGACUGUUGUUGGUUAAUGUUACUGGCCCAUUAUCAUUUCAAGAUAUACGUAAAGUGAAUGGGCAACAAUAUCCAACGUAUAAAGAUGCAUGCCUUGCACUCGGCUUGCUGGAAGACGACAACCAGUGGGAAUGCAUGCUUGCUGAAGCUGCAUUGAACUGUACAGCAAUACAAAUUCGUCUACUAUUCGCUAUAGUGUUGACUACAUGUUUCCCAGCCCGAGCACAGAUAUUAUGGGAAAAUCACAAAGAUUCAAUGACUGAUGAUAUAUUGCAUCAACAUCGUAUACGGUGCCACGAUCUAACCAUAACAUUCAGCGACGAAAUGUACAAUGAAGCAUUGAUUGCUAUUGGGAUCUUUGCAUUGUCAUUGCCAACUUACCACUUAGUAAUUUCGGUAUGA